AUGGCAGCCGGGUGGGCACAGCCGCGCUUCUCCGUCUGCUCUGUGCUCAAGCAGUCGCAGAUCCAGGAGUUCAAGGAGGCCUUCGGCUGCGUCGACCAGAACCGGGACGGGACCAUCACCGAGGCAGACCUGAAGGAGACGCACUCACCGCUGGGGAAGAUGAACGUGAGCGACGAGGAGCUGGAGGAGAUGCUGAAGGGGGAGGGGCCCAUUAACUUCACCAUCUUCCUGAUGCUCUUCAGGGAGAAGCUGAAUGGCACCGACCCCAAGGAGUCCAUCCUCAAUGCCUUCAAGCUCUUCAACCCUGCUGGCACCAGCACCGUGAACAAGAAUGAGUUUAAGCAGCUCCUCCUGACCCAAGUGGAGAAGUUCUCCCCGGAGGAGGCGGAGCAGGUGUUCACGGUGACGCCCAUCGACAUCUUGGGGAAUAUCGACUACAAGUCCCUGUGCUACAUCAUCACCCACAGGGAUGAGAAGGAGGACUGAGGGGACAGUGGGUCCCCUGCCACUCACUCCAGCCAAAUAAACCACCAAACGAGGAGAUCUCGUCCGUCUGUCCACCUGCAGCAUCCCCGGGGAGGGACGCAGCUCCAUUCAGCCCAGGCUUCACACCCAUGCGUGGCCCCCAGUGUCUCCGCGGAGCUGGCACGUCCCCAGGAUGCUCCUGGGGGACCCCCAGCACAAGGGACGGCAGGGCCACGGUCCCAGGAGACA